AUGUCUCUCCGGCCGUCAAUAAGCUUGACGAGACGCUGUCUCUUCAGCUUGUCAUCAACAUCCAGGCGAACUUUUGCUCAACAGACACGGCAGACUCGACCUCCGCCUCCUCCGCCCUUUCAGACCGUCGCAACAUGUCCGGAGCCGACAUGCGGAUGCGCAGCUACUCCUGCUAUGCCAGAGGAUCUUCCUCUGGACCGUGAGGGGCCUCUCAAAGGCGCAAUUGCUGGGUAUGCAGAGCAUGUACUAGUGUGUACAGGAAAUGCAGAUUGGCCAUCGAGAAUAGAGGAUGAUAAUGGCGGCGAUUGCCUCGCUGCAGAUCUGAAAGAGUUAUUUGGACGUGGAGGGACUUACAGCGAUCCUUUUCAUAAUGUCUCUGUUCUCAACUCGUCGUUUCCAAGCUCUGUUUCACCACGUCCUGAGGUUCAGACCACGUCCGUAUAUUUAGUCCCAAGCUUCAAAUACGUCCCUUUUCUACCGCGGGUAUCGUUUGAUAGUGUAGAAGCACUAGCAAAGGGUUUUCUUCUCCCCAAGAAGCUUCACCCUGCACAUGAAGGUCUCUCACCUAUACAUCGGGAUCGCUUGACCCGCAAAGAAGGGUACCAGGGACUUCUACCAGGCGUUCAAGAUGUUCGCGAUGUUUUGGUCUUGAUAUGUGGACAUACAGGCCGUGAUGCUAGAUGCGGUAUCAUGGCGCCUGUUCUGCAAACUGAGUUCGAGGACAAGUUGGAAAUGGAGGGUUUUGACGUUUUGUAUGGACCCGUGCAAGUCAAUCUCGGCGACAAACAAAGAAUACAGGGAGAGACUGGUCGAGGCAAGACUACAGCUAGAGUUGGUUUGAUCAGUCAUAUCGGGGGUCAUAAGUUUGCUGGCAACGUCAUCAUUUAUCUCCCUCCAGACCUGAAGAUGGGCAAUGAGCCUCAUCCUUUGGCUGGAUGUGGAAUUUGGUACGGAAGAGUUGAUCCAAAGAAUGUGGAAGGUAUCGUAAAAGAGACUAUUCUGAAGGGAAAUGUGGUUGCGGAUAUGUUUAGAGGAGGUAUUGAUGCUGAGCAUAAGAUGUUGAGGAUGUAA